AUGUCCGGUACCCUUAUUUCAGCCCUGACAUGGGUCCCAAGAGGCCGGGCUGCCGUCAAGCCCAAAAAGUACCAACUGGACGACGAUGAGAUUGAGCGAGUAGGCAAGCUCGGUGGGCCGGGCGUGUUGGAGAAGCUGAAGGAGGAGAUGGCUGCUUUGGAGAAGGCCGGGGCUGAGGGAGGCGAUGAAGAGGGGGACUGGGAGGAUGAAGAUGCUGAAGAGGAUGAUGAGGAUGAGAAGGAUAGCGAGGAAGAGGAGGACGAGGAUGAGAAGAUGGACGAAGACGGCAAGCCUUUCGACCCCAGUGACAUGUCGGCUUUCAAGAUGGACCAGUACGACGAAGAGGUCUCUGGUGGUGUUGCUAUGGGUGCGUUUGCCAACGUCAAGGGCCUGGCAUACUACCAAAAUAACGAGGAAGACCCCUAUAUCACCCUGAAAGAGGAUGACGAUGCGAUAGAAGAGGAGGAGCUCACUGUGGACCCUACCGACUCUAUGAUCAUCACCUCCCGAACCACAUCCGAUCUCUCGUCUCUUGAUUUCCACGUCUACUCUGACGCUGAGGAAAACCUGUACGCCCAUCACGACCUGAUGCUCCCCGCCUUCCCUCUCUCUGUCGAGUGGCUCGACUUUGCUCCUGGUCCUCAAGCCAGCGAAGGCGCCAAGCCAGGCAACUAUGUCGCUGUCAGUUCGUUCGACCCGUCUAUCGAGAUCUGGGAUGCCGACCUCGUCGACGGUCUCUACCCCAGUGCCAUUCUCGGCCCCUCCCCCUCGCUCGAAAAGCCCGAAGCGAAGCCCGCCGGUACCGGCAAAAAGAAGAAGAAGCAGAUGGUCCAGCCUACUGCGAAUGACGAGCACCACGUCCAGCCCGUCCUUUCCCUCUCCUGGACGCCCAACCACCGUAAUUUGCUCCUGUCUGGUUCUGCCGACGGUACUGUCAAGCUCUGGGACCUUACGCGGGAAUCGCCCAUGCCUGCUAUGCGGAGCUGGGACAAGGUGCACGGUGGGGAGAAGGUGCAGGCUGUCGAGUGGAACAGGAGUACCGAGAGCGGGUUGGACAAGGUGUGCCUGAGCGCGGGGUACGACAGGACUGUCAAGGUGUGGGACAUUAGAUCGGUGGACGAGGCUAUUGGAGUGCAAGUCGGAAGUGAUGUCGAGUGCAUCAGGUGGGACCCUUGGGAGCCAUUCUCCUUCUUUGUCUCGCUUGAAAACGGUCUCGUACUGUGCUACGACUCGCGAACCCUCUCUUCCGCCAAAUCCUCUCCUCUCACCACAUCCUCCCCCAAGUCGUCCGGCUUCCUCACCACCGCCCAGCCUAAAUACACUCUUUCCGCGCACGACGGCCCCGCCUCGGCGCUCGACGUCAACCCGCAUAUCCGCGGCUGUAUCCUCACUGGCGGUAUGGACAAGACUGUCAAGAUUUGGAACAUUCAGGAUGCCGAGACGGAAGGUAUCGCUGGCAAGAAACGAGAGAUCAGUCUGGCGACUUCGCGUGAUUUGGGUUUGGGCAAGAUUUUCACUGCCAAGUGGUCGCCUGAUGCAGAGACACCGCUUGCGUUGGCGGCUGCGGGCAGCAAGGCGCAGUUGCAGGUGUGGGAUGCGGCGAGCAAUGCUGGUGCGCGAAAGGCGUUUGGCGAUAGGUUGAGGCGACAUGGACGAGAGUUGGGAGAGAUCAAGAAGGGCGGUGGUGUGGUGGUUGUGGACGGGGGUGAAGAGGACUCUGAUGCUGAGGAAUAG